UGCAAAGGUAUGAAGAUGAGAUAGUAUAAAACUGCGAAUUCAGAGCUGUGUAUCCAAGGCGUUAAGAUUCAGCUUUCGGAUUAGCGCUGCCUUAUUUGCAUUAAUUAUUUAUUAUUAUCUACCGAAUUUGAUAUUUAUUAUUUAAAUAAAAUUUAUAACAAAUUUUAAGUUAAAGUGUGAUAAUUUGUAUAAUCAUGGUUUGGCAGAAGGGUGUCUUUAUUCUGGCAACAGCUUUGUUUAUCGCGUAUGAAGGAACGUACGCGCAUCCACUGGCUCCCAAAAGAAAAGUGAUCGUCGACUGCGAUCCAGGUGGCGAUGACGCGCACGCACUCAUCAUGCUCCUGAGACAAACAGCCAAGAUUGACGUCAUCGGCAUCACCGUCACCUUCGGAAAUGUCUACCUGGAACAGGUGGCCAGGAAUGCCAUAAGAAUCCUCAAACUGAACGACAGAUUAAACAUCCCGGUAUAUUUGGGAUCUAAGCACGGAUUAGUCAACCGGAACUUAUCAACCGAUUAUUACUUUGGUCCGGAUGGGUUUGGAAACUUCAGCGACGACACCGUCCUCAGCGACUACACUCCCUACCUCAGCAAUACUGAGAACGCCACAGCCGCCAUGCGAAGAAUGGUAGCCCAGAACCCUGCCAAUGAAGUAACUCUCGUGGCCAUCGGUCCCCUCACCAAUCUGGCGAACGUCCUUAAGGAAGAUCCAGAAUUUGGGACAAAACUGCAAGAGACUAUAAUCAUGGGAGGAAAUUACAAAAGCGUCGGAAACAUCAGUCCCUACGCAGAAUUCAACUUCUUUGAGGACCCCGAAGGAGCCAACGAGGUCAUGACCAAAUGGAAGGGCACCAUCUAUCUGAUCACUUGGGAGCUCAGUUUAUCUACAAGCAUCCCAUGGGAUUGGUAUGACCACCACAUCACUGGCAAAGACUCCAAGUAUUCAAAGUUCCUGGAAAACGUAGGCAGGCUGAUGAGAGGCAAUGCGGCCAAGCAGAACAUCACGGUCUUCAACCCUUGCGACCAAGUGGCAGCGGCUUUUUUGUUACACAGAAGCAUUAUGAACAAUGCCACACUCGUUGAUUGCUACGUGGAGCUGACUAAUCAGACCAGAUUAGGAGAGAAUGUUGUUGACAUGAACAGUUCCAAGCCGAACAAGAACAUUCACCUCAUCACCCAUCUCAACAUGCCCCUUCUCAAGAAAAUUCUUUCCGAUUCUACCGACCCAUGAAUUAAUUAAUAAAUUGUCGAAAUGUCAAAAAAAAUACUUCUUGAUACUAACUUAUCAAUUAGAAUUAAUUUGUUGUGUAGUGGAGAAUACCGUUAUAAUAAAUAUUGACAUAUUAUAUUUUAUGGACGCAUUAAUAAACACUAAUUAUGUUCCAUGAAA